GGAUAACGCGCAAUGGACGACGAGGAGCUCCCAGAUGCUCCGCCUCACCAGGGGGAUAAUCUGUAUCCCGACAUUGAUGAGCAGAUUCAUUAUCCUUGGCAAGGCACCCAGCCGUCAUCGACCGGCGGGCAGGCAUCGAUAUCCUCGAUGAUUGAUCCGCGACUGUAUAAGGGCUUGUUCGAUGGUAGUGCCUCGCGUUUGGCGGGUUCGGCUGGCGAUGAUGACGGAGAGGGUGCCUUUGGCGGCGACCUAUCGGAUGACCAGUCGUAUGAGAAUUCAGAACAAGACCUGUCCAGUGAAGAAGAUUUUUCAGAUCUCGCCGAAGUGGAAGAGGAAGAGGAAGAGGAGGAGGAGGAGGAGGAUGACGGCAGGAGACGGCGUCGCAGAGGCACAGGGCCCUUUUCUGGCCGGUACGGCGCCCGUGGGGGCAAAGGCAUCAAAAGAGGCCCGCGGAAGCCGUUAGAGCCCAGUCCGGAAUUCAAGAUCUUGCACUCAGAGGCGACAUCGGCGUUCAUUGACGGCGACUAUCCCCGCGCCACCGAGUUGGUAAAACGAGCCAUCCAGAUCAACCCGGAGAUGUUCGCGGCCCAUUCCCUGCUGUCGGAGAUCUUCCUAGCCCAAGGCCAGAAGGACAAGGCGUUGACCGCUCUGUUCAACGGAGCACACACUCGACCCAAAGACGCUACCGUCUGGGCCAAGGUGGCGCGGCUGAUCCUCGAGCGGGCUGGGGAAGACCGGCAGACAGCCUUGAACGAUGUCAUAUAUUGCUAUAGCCGGGUGAUUGAGAUCGACCCGAAAAACUUCAACGCCCGGUUCCAGCGAGCGGCGAUCUACCGGGAGCUGGGCCACAACGGCCGGACAGUCACCGAGUAUGAGCGGAUCCUGAAGGACCUCCCUCAUAAUCCCCGGGCCCUGCGCCACCUUGCCGAGACCUACAUCGACCUGGAUGAUGUGCAGAAGGCCGUCGAUCAUUACAACCUGAGCGUCAAGUACUAUCUAACCCUCCAUCCGGAAGAGGUCGCCGACUUCUCCUGGUCAGACAUCAACAUCUACGUCGAGCUGUUCAGCUACCUGGGGAAGCACGAACAUGGGCUGAAGGCCCUGAAAACUCUGUCUCGCUGGUUUCUGGGCCGAAGAGAGGACACCAUGUGGGCACAGUUCCAUGAAGACGAUCGAGAGUGGGACGCCGAUGAUCCCCCCCGGCGCAUCAAGACUGACGGCUACAUUCCAGGCCAAUGGCCGCGUGAUACAUAUGGCCUAGGCCUACCACUUGAACUUCGCAUCAAAUUGGGCCUUUUCCGUCUGAAGAUGGGAUAUGAUCACAAAGAUGAAGCUUUACAUCAUUUUGCAUGGCUCAAUCCCGAGGACCUGUCUGAAGGAGCCCGGCUAUAUGAUUACGGUGAUCUGUUCCGCGAGGUGGCAGAUGCCCUCAAAGAAGUUGGAUUGUUCGAAGAAGCGUUGCGGUUCUUCAGGCCGCUCCAAAUGACCAGCGAGUAUGCAGAUGUUAGCUUCUUCAUGGCCAUGGGCGAAUGCUGCAUGCGGCUGAGCCAGCUGGAAGAAGCGGAAAAUUGUUACUUGACUGUUGCGGAGCACGACACGGCGAAUAUCGAGUCCCGCGUACAGUUGGCGAAGCUGUACGAGAAUAUUGGGAUGACGGAGCAGGCGUUCAAAUACGUCAAUGAAGCCGUGCUCCUCGGGCGGCAGGAGACGCGCAGCCAACGCCGACGCAAGGACACUCGCUUAGAAAUGCUGGCAAAGGAGUUCCAGGCCGACGGGACGCGGCCGGAGCAGGAAGAGGAGGUGGAGGGGGUGGAAGCAGGUGCUCCCUGGCCUGCGACGGCGGCAAGGCCUGUGUCGACCAGCGUCCUGACCACAGCCGCCACGGUGCAACCCAGCCGGAAACGUGUCGAGGCGCCGGUCGCCGAAGGGAACCGCACGGAACAUAUCCAAUUCUUAUACUCGAAGAUGCAGCAACUGCAACCGAUGAUCCAGGAGGGUAGCCUAACAGCGACAGAGGACUGGCUGGACAUUGCCGACGCCCUGCUGCGAGACUUCCGCUCCAACCGGGCCUUCUACCCGCUCCAGCGCAAUAUGGUCUUCCUGGGGUACUCGCGGGAAGCGCAGCGCAGGGCAGGGCGGUACAGGAACCGAUCUUUCCUGGACGAGAUGCAAGAGAUGGCUGGCCGUCUGCAGGAAUCACUCGGAAACCCUUCCGACGAGCCGCUGGCGGCCGCGGCGAUCCCGACCGACUACCACGGCAUCCCGUUCGACGAAUGGCUUGAUAUCUUCCUGCAGUAUGCUCUCCUUGUUGCCGGCCAGCAGGAGUCGGAAGAAGCGUACGACACGCUUGCCGCCGCCUCGGACUCGAGCAUCUGGUAUCAUUCGAAGCGGAGUACUCGAUUGAUUCAUGUCUGCUGGUUUACCUGCGCCCUGCGCGUGCAAGACGAAGAAACCCUGGCCCACGAAGCCCGCUGGUUCAUGAAGGAGUACCAGUUCGUAACGGACACAUACCGAUUAUUCGCGAUGCUAAGUCGGCUCUGCGGCGAUCCGCAUCGCUCCCUCCUACACUCGUCACCGAACAUGAAAUUCAUGCUCCGGCAAGUCAAAGCGGUGGACGCCGCGUUACCUGCCCAUCUCGACGGGGAUAAUCGCCAAACAACAACAACAACAACAACUUAUGCCGACGAGAACACCACGGAGGAAGUAGUCGGGCUAGACGCCGCGCUACUAGUUCUAUACGGCCACAUCCUCUACUCGGGCAACAGCUUCUACCCGGCCCUCAACUAUUUCUUCCGCGCAUACGCCCUCGACGACUCCAACCCGGUCGUCCUGCUCAGCAUAGCCCUGUGCUACAUCCAUCAAUCGCUCAAACGCCAGUCCGAGAACAGACAUUACCUGAUCAUGCAGGGGUUGGCGUUUAUGCACGAGUACCGGCGUGUGCGCGAGCUGCCCUCCUCCUUACCCGUUGAACGACAGGAGAUGGAAUUCAAUUUCGCCCGGGUGUGGCAUUCUCUGGGUUUGACUCAUCUGGCUGUGGACGGGUAUACGAGGGCGUUGGAAUGGGGGGGGAAGAUUAGAGAGGACAACAACAAGGGAAAGGGACUCUGGGAAGAUUUCUCGGUCGAGGCCGCCGUUGCCUUGCAGGGUAUCUAUGCCUUGAAUGGGGAUUUGCUUGCUGCCAAAGCUGUUACGGAGAGAUGGUUAAUCAUUUAAUAUAAUGCACUGUAUUUGUAUCUGUAUGUG